GUUUCAAGGUCAAGGUCAAUGGUGGAUACAGAGUUUUCAAAACUCCAAGGUUUUUCCGACCUGCUCGUGAAAUAUGACAACAGAUUCGUCUGAAUUAGUUCAUGGUAAAACUAUUGACAUUGAAAAGCCACGCUAUGAUCAAUCAACUUACGUUGGUAGAGCUAAACACUUUUUCAUCACAACUAACCCUUUGAAUGUAUUUAAAACACCUAGUCAACUGGAAGAAGCAAGAACUAUUGUUCAAAACUACAGAGCAGGAGUUAUUCCACCUGGUUUAACUGUUGAAAAACUUUGGCAUGCUAAACAUGUAUACGAUUCAGCAUUUCAUCCAGAUACAGGAGAGAAGAUGGUAUUGGUCGGGCGAAUGUCGUUUCAAGUGCCAGGGAACAUGUUUAUAACAGGUUGCCUGUUACAAUUCUACAAAUCUACUCCUGCUGUCAUCUUUUGGCAAUGGUUCAAUCAAACAUUCAACGCUAUUGUAAAUUAUACGAAUCGUAGUGGAGAUGCACCGAUAUCAGUCACACGUCUUGGUGUAUCUUAUGUACUGGCUACUGGUGGAGCUUUGGGCACAGCUCUGAGCAUCAAUAAACAAGUUGAGAAAUUUCCCCCAAUUGUUGGUCGAUUUGUUCCAUUCGUUGCUGUUUGUGCAGCUAAUUGCAUUAAUAUACCAUGUAUGCGGAGUUCAGAGCUCACUGAAGGUACUCCCGUAUUGGAUGAAAAUGGUGAGAAAUUAGGCAGAUCGACAGUUGUAGGACGUAGAGCUAUAAGUCAAGUGGUUUUCUCACGUAUAUUAAUGGCUGCUCCUGGAAUGGCUGUUCUACCUUUUGUGAUGGAAGCAUUAGAGAAGAAAGCAUUUCUUAAACGGAAUCCUUGGUUAGGCGCUCCUAUACAAAUUGGUCUAGUCGGUGUAAUGUUAUCUCUUGUCACACCAUUGUGUUGUGCUUUAUUCCCUCAAAUGAGUUCAAUUGCAUUCCAUAAACUUGAACCAGAGUUGCAAACACGUAUUAAAGAAGCUCGACACGGGAAACCACCUGCUAUAGUCUAUUACAAUAAAGGUUUAUAAAUGGCCGUGUGUUUGACUGUGUGUUCAUUUGUAUGUAAACCAACAAAUUCCAAAGUAGAUCUGAUAUUCCUGGUCAAAUCUUGUUGACAUUUUUAUUUUUUUUAUUUGUUAACUUAUUUGAUUUGAUGUGUUUGAGUGUUACUUUUUAUGUAGAAUGAUUCAAUGAUUUAUUUAUAUUUAUUAUCAUUAGUGAUCUUUUUUGUUGUCGUUGUUGAACGUUUAACUUUUGUUUUAAUACAUUCACUUUGAAAGGAGGUUUAUUUAAAAAUGAAAGCUACAUCAUAGAAGUUUAAAUGUAUCUCAACCAAUAAAAUGUUGUUUUGAAUGUGC